AUCUGCAUGUUCCCAAAGUAUAAUAGCGGAGGUUUGAGACACCUGCUGCUGCAACCUUUCUCCCUCAAUCACUCUCUCAAAAGACAGUUCUACAAGCCAGAAAGGAAAAGCUGGAGUCGAAGUAUAAAUGACACUCUGUGGAGCAGUGAAGGAAACCUAAAAAUUGGCUUCUGUAUUGUGCCUGAGUGCUGUCCAAAGCAGUGUACAAAAUCAUUUGUCUACUAAUUUUUUAAAAAGUGUCUUGUUUAUUCAUCAGGAAUGUGGACUGUCAUUGUUCGUUGAGUAGACUCCAACUAAUUACAUGCCAGCCAACAGCUGAUUCUUACCCAGAAGGAAGCAUUGCCUAAUAAAGAUCGUAGAUGCCAACACUAAAAGACACAAAGUACUAAAGAUGAGCAGCUCAAUCGUCAACUGUCUGAUGCUUUCAAUACAGCUAGUGAUGUACAAAUUGGGGUGGAACUCUGUGCUUCCCACCUGCAAGCCAAUCUUUCUUCCUUAGCAGUUAUAUACCUUUUGGAGAACAAUGGAGAAGAAAGUUGUUCGCAUCUGCCCUGUUUCUGAUCCAGGCACAACUUAUUUUCUUCAGAUAGCGUGGGAAAAAGAUUUGGGCGCCGGUUUUGAUGUAGUACUCAGUGAUGGCCGAUCAGCUUGGACUGGGAAAGUGCCUGAAGAAGAUAUUUCCAAGGAAGCUGCUGACAUGGAAAUGGAGCGAGAGAAAUACAUUGGAGAGCUUAAAAAAGUGUUGUUAUUUGAAGGAGGACUGGCAGACAAAUACAAUUUUGAUAUUUCUAAAGGAGGAGUGGAUGGAGAGUGCCUCAAUUUUUCUUAUGAAAAGAAUCUGAAAGAUGUUUCUUUUAGACUCGGAUCGCUGAUGUUACAGAAAGUCUCAGGUCCAGCUGAAGUCAUUAGUGAGCUGAUUAGCUAUUGCCUAGACUGCAUAAAAGGACUAUAUUCAAAAAAUGAGCACCUGCAAAAAGAGAAUGAAAGACUUCAAAGUGAUCUGGAUGAUGUGCAAGAGCAGUUACAAAAAUGUGUUGAAGCUAAAGAAGAACUAGAGAUGGAACUUUAUAAAAGAUUUAUCUUGGUCCUCAAUGAAAAGAAAGCUAAGAUAAGAAGCUUACAGAAAAGUUUGAAAGAAGUUGAAGAAGCUGUCUUGAAAACAACACAAGCAAGGCAUGAGAAGGAAAUGCCUUUGUGUUUUUACAGGGACACCAUGUCUACAUCUGAAAGUAAAGUUGAAACAGAAGAUUAUGAUGGAACCACUGAUGAUGAAAGUGAAAAUUCAACGCAGCCCUCCACAUCAGCAGCAGUAACUAAACCCAGAAGAGACUCAUUACUUGGUAGCCCAGAUAUUAUUGAUGUUGCUCCAAGUAGAAAGAGAAGGCAGCGGGCCCGAAAUGUUCCAAGGGCAGAACCAAAAGUGGCGCUAUACGAGUCCCAAACGGCAGCAAAGAAAAGAGCUGAUUCUCCUCCAAAAUCGUCAGACAAGCAGCCGUCAUCGAAAGAGAUGCCUUCAGAAUCAGAAAAAAACACUGGUGAUCCUGAAGACCUCUUCGGUGAUAUCUGACCAAUCUGGAAGAAGACUAUGACCUCACUACAAGCUGUUCAUCUCCAAUUAAUUAUUUGUCUCAAAAAGAACAUUUUUAUCUAGAAGCAGGGGGCUAUUUGUUCCUUGGAGAACAUUUUUAACAAUAGUUUUAUCUUUUUCUAAUAAAGUUUUUGUGUGUGAUC